AGAACUAUGGCGUACUUUGUAAUUAGACAAACAUUAACAAAAGAUCAUUGCGACUUGUCAUACAUUAACUCAAAUAAAGUGAAAUGUCAGCCUGACAUUAUUCGCAAUCAAUUAAUUGAUAUUUAAGAUACGAUUAUUAUUGAUAUUUCUCUUAAUGAAUAAUUAUAAUUUGUAACUUAAUGUAGUAUUUAAAUUGUAUAUUUAAUAAUUUUUAAUAAUUUUAUAAGACUAUUUAUAAAUAAGACAUCAUGUAUAAUAAUGGAUCACCACCACCUUAUGAAUCACCUCCAUAUGUACCGCCUGGUUAUUCACAAACAAUGGGUGGUGUUCCACCUGCUAGCCCUUUCACAUCUGCAGAAACUUACACAACUGGACCAACUAUAGUAACAACAAUUGUUCCACUGGGGCCAGGAUCAACACAUACAAUUUGUUCACAUUGCCAUGCAGAAAUAGAUACUACAACAAAGACAGAACCUGGCAUGAUUGCCUAUAUAUCUGGGGUUGUAAUUGCAUUAAUGGGAUGUUGGUUAGGAUGCUGUUUAAUUCCAUGCUGUAUUGAUGAAUGUAUGGAUAUUCAUCACAGGUGCCCUAACUGUAAAGCUUAUCUGGGACGUUAUAGGAGAUAAGAUAACACAAUACUAGUAUCUAUUGCAUUUCACUUUGAAGUCAUUUGAAAAUUGCAUCAUAUAUAUACAUAUAUAACGAAUAAGUUUUAGUUUUUAUCUUCAACAAAUAUUUGCAAUGUUUGGAACAUAAACAAUCAGCUUCAAAUAUUUUUCACAUGAAAGUUUGAUAUACAGUGUGUUUGGUAACUGGUGGUACAAGCGGAAAGAGGGUGAUUCUACGCGAAAAAAGAAGUCAAAAAUAUAGAAUAAAAAUUUUUCGUUUGAGGCUUUGUUUUCGAGGAAAUCGACUUUGAAUUUUCGCUCGGUACGCGUGCACUUUAUCACGUCUCGUUAUAACGGAUCUCACUGUAGAUCGUUGUCUCGAUGGAUAUUAUCGCAGUUUAAGUUUGUUUUUGCCGUAACGGAAAAUUAGGAAUACAUAAUGAAAUAAUAUGAACUAAUCAUAAAGUUUAUUAUUACAAAAAUUGCUGAAAAUGUUGCCCAUUCUGCCGAACACAUACUUCUGCUCUUCUAAUUAAAUUUCUAUGAACACUUUCUAACGUA